UCCGCCUCAGCCAAUCAGAUCGCCGCAUUUCUCACCAACAACAAACAAAAGAUCGGAGUGAGAGCUCUGUCGAUGUCUGUGAAUUUUAUUCCUCAAUUCGCUGCAUGUCGUCCUAGAGAGUGGGAUUCAUGCCGUUUGGCUUUGUUUUGGCAUCUCUGUGCAUCGACUUUGUAUGAACAGCGAGGAGCUUCUCCGCUUCACUAACCUAGUCAGCCAGGAGAGCUGUUUGCGCCGUGCUCUCUAAAGCUAGCCUGCUAGCUAACCAGAAAAAAAAAGCGAAAAAACAGAAAGAGUUCGUGUUUUGUGGUCGGUGACAGCAGAUAGAGCUCAUCGCUGGAGUCUUCCAGAGAGCUGUCCAGCUAAAGGUAGCUGGUUAGCUGUGAGUGUUAAAGGGAGGAAUCCGAUCGCGAUGUCCGGACCGUCAUCGGGCUGCGGCUUUCUGAUGUCGGUUGUUCACGGAGACUUGGCUCUAAACGAGCAGGAAAAAGAGCUCAACCAGCGGCUCAGGCGCCUUUACCCGGCCGUCAACGAACAAGAAACUCCGCUGCCCAGAUCCUGGAGCCCAAAGGACAAAUUCAGCUACAUUGGCCUGUCACAGAACAACCUGCGGGUGCAUUAUAAAGGUCAUGGAAAGACACCUAAGGAUGCGGCAUCUGUUCGUGCGACUCAUCCUAUUCCAGCUGCCUGUGGGGUCUAUUACUUUGAGGUGAAAAUCAUCAGUAAAGGACGAGAUGGGUACAUGGGGAUUGGUCUCUCUGCCCAGGGGGUCAACAUGAACAGACUUCCAGGCUGGGACAAGCACUCCUACGGCUAUCACGGAGACGACGGACACAGUUUCUGCUCAUCAGGCACAGGGCAGCCGUACGGGCCCACAUUUACCACAGGCGACGUGAUUGGCUGCUGCGUCAACCUCAUCAACAACACCUGCUUCUACACAAAGAAUGGCCACAGUCUAGGUAUAGCUUUUACAGAUUUACCACCCAACCUGUACCCGACAGUGGGUCUUCAAACCCCGGGAGAGCUGGUGGAUGCUAAUUUUGGGCAGCAUCCAUUUGUAUUUGACAUAGAGGACUACAUGCGUGAGUGGAGAACCAAGAUCCAGGCUCAGAUUGAGCGCUGUCCCAUUGGCGAGCGAGAGGGCGAGUGGCAGGCCAUGAUUCAGAAGAUGGUGGCCUCCUACUUGGUCCAUCAUAGUUACUGUGCCACGGCUGAAGCCUUCGCCAAGUCCACUGACCAGGCCGUGCACGAGGAGCUCGCUUCAAUCAAAAACAGACAGAAAAUCCAGAAGCUGGUUCUUUCCGGCCGAAUGGGGGAGGCCAUAGAGACCACUCAGCAACUCUACCCCAGUCUGCUCGAAAGGAACCCCGACCUGUUAUUCAUGUUAAAAGUGAGACAGUUCAUUGAAAUGGUGAAUGGCACUGACAGUGAGGUACGCUGUCUCGGUGGACGGAGCCCAAAGUCCCAGGAUAGCUACCCUGGUUCUCCCCGCCUUUUCAGUAGCCCCACCCACAAAGCCACAGGCUCUCAGGCCUACCCGUCAGGUUUUGAUAGUAACUGCUGUAAUGGAGUGUCGUCCAGUAAAGCUCACUCCUCAGCACACAGCCACAAACCGUGUCCCGGAACUACGGGCAGCGGUGAGCUGGGGGUUCUGAACGGCAGCCGCACACAGCAGUCCAGCAUAAGCAAUGAUGUAGAUAUGGAGGUGGAUCACAUCUCUAACGGAGUGUCCGAGUCCUCCUCAAACGGCUUCUUGAAUGGGAGCGCCACACACGCAGCAGACAUUGAAGACUGCGAGGCGGAGAUGGAAGUAGAGUCGGCUCAGUCCAAGAGGCAGCUCUGCGGGGGGAGCCAGGCUGCCAUCGAGAGGAUGAUCCAUUUUGGCCGAGAGCUGCAGAGCAUGAGCGAACACCUUCGCCGUGAACGUGGCAAAAACUCAGCCAACAAGAAGAUGCUGAAGGAUGCUUUUAGUUUGUUGGCAUACUCAGAUCCUUGGAACAGUCCUGUGGGCUACCAACUGGAUUCCAUCCAGAGAGAACCAGUCUGCUCCACACUCAACAGUGCAAUAUUAGAGACUCAUAACUUGCCCAAGCAGCCCCCUCUGGCUCAGGCCGUGGGUCAGGCGACUCAGUGCCUGGCACUUAUGGCCCGCACAGGCAUCGGCUCCUGCGCUUUCGCCUCAGUGGACGAUUACCUGCACUAGCCCCGGGAGAAGUAUCCCUUUAAAUGGGCCAUGCAGCACAGUCUGCAUCACCCCAACUCAACCUGGCCACUCGAACAUCGGGCCUGUCUCUAAUCAUGACCCGGAGCGCCUCAUAAGCCGGACCCAUUCCAAAUCCUGACUCUCACUCUCUUCAAGAGACUGGAUCCUUUACACACAGGCCAUCCUGAAUCUAAAGACACAUUAGAAGGAUCCCUCAAGCCAAACAAAUUCCUGAACCAUUACACCUUUUUGAUUUUCUUUUUAAUUUGGGAGAGGGAGGGGUGUGUGUAUGUGUGUUGCAGGCUCCGAUUGUUUGUUUUCUAGUUUGAGGCAUGAGACAAAUUUAUUCUGAUUCUAAUUAAUGUUAUAAUUAAACUUGCAUAUAAGAUUAUAUUUGUUCUCGAUUGAAAGCUGGCUAAAGUGAGCACGAAGGCCCCCCUACAGUUAACACCCUGCUGUUUUUAAGGUGUCUGCUUGUGUAUUUGUUACAACCCCCUCACACCUUGCCCUUUUUUUGAAAGCUAUAUUAACAUGCAGAGUGGAAUAUUUUAGUUAUCUAAAGAAAAAAAAAAAUGCAGUCCAACAAAGCUGGACUCCUCCUUAGUGGUGGUAUUUAGUAUAGAGAGUUUAGUGUGAGCUGUAUUUUGAGUUAAGCCCUUCUUUGUGCAAGCGCGCCCUCCCUCUGCCAAGUCUGCACAGCAGGUUUGAUGCAACGUUUGGACACUUGGACUUGUAACCGUGUGGAUGUCUACGGCUAUCCUGAGUCUGUCUCCGAACUGUUCUCAUCCAGGCCGACGCUCACCACUCUCACAUUUCUGUACAGUGCAGCUCUCUGAAAUACGCCUAGGCUUGUAUUUAUCGAUCGUCCCUGAGUUUUGGAUAAACCUCCCUUGUGCAUAGUAACAAAAACAUUAAAGGUAAAAUGUGUCAGAACUGUUAUUCUACACUGCUUGAUAUAUACAAGCCCUGGCUGAAAAGAGGAAAGCCUGUUCCUGGUUUUCUCCUGUGUUUCACCAGCCAGCCCUUAUGACCAUCACUACGUUACAAAAGCAAGGAGAAUGAUACAGUAUUGUCAACAGCACUGUCUUAUCAUUUUCAGUAAUAAAAUACAAAUACCCAGGUGGACAA